UACUUUCAGGAAAACUAUAAAAUUCACGAAGGUGGUUGAAAGAUCUCAUUCCGAUAUGAAAAGUCCAUCCCAGCAGCAACAUAUGCUUAAUAUAUCACCAACCACUAAUCUUGUGCUCUUACAAGCGUUAGCAAUUCCUCUUCCUCUUCUUCCAAGCAAAUUUGAGUGACUCUCAGCUCUAAGUUUUAAUGGCAUCCUCGUUGGAAAUAGAAAACAACCAAACAGUCCAUGACCACGAAACCAGGGAAGAAGAAGAAGAAGAAAGCUUCUCCUAUGCUUUGCAGCUGGUGAGUUCCUCUGCUCUGUCCAUGUCAUUGAAAUGCGCUGUGGAGCUGGGCAUAUUCGAUAUCAUAAGCAAAGAAGGUGAAGGGGCAAAGCUCUCCCCAACAGAGAUUGCAGCCCACUUGGGCACCAACAACCCUGACGCACCCACCAUGCUGGACUCCAUCCUUAGGCUCUUGGCCUGCCACUCUGUCCUCAACUGCUCUGUGGUUGCUGAUGAUAACAAUAAUAAUAUUAAUGGCUCUUUGCAGUUGCAGAGGCUAUACAGUCUUGGUCCAGUCUCCAAGUUCUUUGUCACCAACAAAGACGGUGUUUCAUUGGGCCCCUUGGUGUCGCUCAUGCAAGAUAAAGUCUUCUUAGCUAGCUGGUCCCAAUUGAAAGAUGCAAUUCUUGAAGGUGGAGUACCAUUCAACAGGGUAUAUGGAAUGCACGCCUUUGAGUAUCCUGGAGUGGACCCCAGAUUCAAUCAGGUUUUUAACACUGCAAUGCACAAUUUCACUGCUAUUAUUACAAAGAAGAUGCUCGAGGUUUACAAGGGUUUUGAGCACAUCAAACAAUUGGUUGACGUUGGUGGUGGUCUUGGGGUGACCCUUAAGAAUAUCACUUCUACAUACCCACAUAUCAAGGGCAUUAAUUUCGACUUGCCUCAUGUUAUUAAACAUGCCCCUUCUUAUCCAGGUGUGGAACAUGUAGGAGGAGAUAUGUUUGUGAAUGUCCCAAGCGGGGAUGCCAUUUUCAUGAAGGGGAUUAUGCACGAUUGGAACGAUGAGAAAUGCAUAAAGCUGUUGAAAAACUGCUACAAUGCGAUUCCAGAAAAUGGAAAAGUGAUUGUUGUGGAUGCAGUUCUUCCGGUUAAGCCGGAGACAAGUGCUAAAGUGAAACGCGUCUCCGAAGUGAAUGUGCUUAUGAUGACUCAACACCCAGGAGGGAAGGAGAGGAGCAAACAAGAAUUUCUUGCUCUGGCAACUGCUUCUGGAUUUGGGGGCGUCAAAUUUGUAUGCUGUGUCUCUGCCUUCUGGGUUAUGGAGUUCUUCAAAUAGAGCCAGAACCUCUACUUAUGAGAAUGCUUUCCAUUUGGCUUCUUGCUUUGCUCCUUGUAAUUGAAACUAAUGCUUCUUUCCAAAAAUUAACCAGAAUAAGAUUGAUAGAAUUCAAACUGAAAUAAAAGUUGUCUGUCAUCUAAGCUACCAUCAGUCGCCACCCUCUUUGCAAUUGACACGUUCCAUAGACUCAUUUUUAAUAACAACUUCA